AUGACAGCCUUCUGGGAUUCACACACCCAUGAAAUUCAUGGCAAGCCCUUCCCUGCUGGAAGAAUCCAUCUGAGAUGGCUUGCUGGGCGAUUAGAGGAAAUACGCAGACAAUACACUGAGGAAAUCCAGCAGAACGAGCAAAAACUUCAGGAGCUUAGAAAGGCUGUGGAUUCUCACAAGCGCUCCGCUCAGGCAGCAGUGGAUUACAGUGAGAGGAUCUUCACCGAACUGAUCCACUCCAUUGAGAGAAGACGUUCUGAGGUCACACAGCUGAUCAGAGCUCAGGAAAAGGCUGCAGUGAAUCAAGCUGAAAAGCUCUUGAAGAGACUGGAGUCAUCAAUUGAUUUACUGAAGAGGAGAGACACGGAGCUGGAGCAGUUGUCACACACAGACGAUCACAUCCAUUUCCUUCAGAAUUUUAGGCCUCCUGUUUUGCUUUAUGUGAACAUACUCAACAUCACUGUCAGUUCCCAGCUCUCUUUUGAUAAUAUUGGAAAAUCUGUCUCUCUGCUGAGAGGGAUACUGGAAGAUUUCUGUAAAGAGGAGAUGGAACGGAUUUCUGCUAGAGUGAAAUACAUCCAGAUCACUGCCACCAAUAAUCCCAAGACUAGGGAGGAGUUCUUACAAUCUUCCUGUCAACUCAGUCUGGAUCCAAACACAGCAAAUACCCACCUCCAUCUGUCUCAGAGGAACACUGUAGUUACUUAUACUGACAAAGGCCAGCUGUGUAUUGCACAUCCAGACAGAUUUAAAGUCAGCCCUCAAGUGUUGUGUAGAGAGAGUGUGUGUGGACGUGCGUACUGGGAGGUUGAGUGGAGUGGGAAUUGUUGGGUGGGAAUAUCAGUGUCUUAUAAGAGCUUCGACAGGAAGGGUGUCGAGGGUGAGUUUGGAUUUAAUGAUCAAUCCUGGACAUUGCGAAACACUAACUUAGAUCUGUUAUUCACACAUAAUUCUGCACACAGUAAAAUCGUGGCACCCCUACAGUCCUCUAGAAUAGGAGUGUAUGUGGAUCACAGUGCAGGGACUCUGUCCUUCUACAGCGUCUCUGACACAAUGACCCUUCUCAAAAGAGUCAAGACCAUAUUCACUCAGCCUCUCUAUCCUGGCUUUACGGUUUUAAGAGGAUCAAGUGUGAAACUAUGUGAUCUAACUACAUAGAUGAGGCAGUGUGAUUCAG